AGCUCCAAAGUCAUAUGAUCGAUUCGUGACAGAGAGCUCGCCGUUCUCCACUCGCAAAGAUGGCCAGCCAGACGCAGGGUAUUCAGCAGCUUCUGGCCGCCGAGAAGCGCGCCGCGGAGAAGGUCUCGGACGCCAGGAAACGUAAGGCACGUCGUCUGAAGCAGGCCAAGGAGGAAGCUCAGGAUGAGAUCGAGAAGUAUCGACAGGAACGAGAGAAACAGUUCCGUGACUUCGAAGCCAAGCACAUGGGUUCGAAGGAGGACGUGGCUGCGCGCAUCGAGGCAGAUACGCGACUCAAGAUAGAAGAAAUGAAUCAGACCGUAGCUGUGCACAAAAACACGGUCAUGCUUAAAAUCUUGGAUUUGGUAUACGAUAUCAAGCCGGAGCUGCACACUAAUUAUCGCAUUGAGUGUACGCAUUAGAUGUCAUUCCAUGAUUCUGUCGCAUCGAGGACGCGUGAGAUGAGAUUUUUCCCUACAGCCUCCCGCGGUUCACGGACACGCUCCCAGUCGACGGUGGACCACGCGACGAUGUAGCGACAUUCGAAACCUCCUAAUCUUUUUACGUUUUCAAAUCUCUGUUGAUAUUGCGGGCACCUUUGCCUUACAUAUAAUAUCCUUGUCUCUGUGAGCUGGUUGGUUGUACAGUAUUAGUGUUCAAAAUACAAAAAAAAGGAAAGAAAAAUUCA